GAGGGGGGACCGUCCCCGGACCCCCACGGGGGCCAUGAUGGAACCGACGGGCUGCUGCGAGCGGGUGGCCAUCAACGUGGCCGGCCGGCGCUUCGAGACCCUGGGCCGGACGCUGCGGCGCUUCCCCGACACCCUCCUCGGGGACCCCCGGCGGCGCCGGCGCUUCUUCGACCCCCAGCGCCGCGAGUAUUUCUUCGACCGGCACCGGGGAGCCUUCGGCGCCGUCCUCUACUACUACCAGUCCGGGGGGAGGCUGCGCCGCCCGCCCGACGUCCCCUUGGACGUCUUCUUGGAGGAGCUGAGGUUCUACCAGCUGGGCGCCGAGGCUGAAGGCCGGGUGCGCGAGGCCGAAGGCUUGGGCACGGAGGUGGUGAGGCCGCUGCCCCGGGGCCGCCUGCGCCGCCGCGCCUGGCUGCUGUGCGAGCACCCCGAGAGCUCGCCCGCCGCCCGCGCCGUCGCCCUGCUCUCCGUCCUCGUCAUCCUAGUCUCCAUCGUCGUCUUCUGCCUGGAGACCCUGCCUCAGUUCCGGGGCGGGGGGGAGGCGGCCGCGCAGGUGAGUGGGCGCAAG